AUGAAACGAACAAUUACAGCCCUGAAGAUCGCCGACAUAAAUAUUUACACAUGGUCAGACUCAAAAGUUGUGUUAGCCUGGUUACAGAAAACUCCGAACAAGCAAAACGUCUUCAUAGUCAACCGAGUCAACGAAGUUCAUCGCUUACUAGGUCAAGUUCAAUGGAACUACGUGAAAUCGGAGGAGAAUCCAGCUGAUUUACUAUCCAGAGGCGCGCUACCAAGUAAACUCCAGAAAAACACAUUAUGGUGGAAUGGACCUGCAUGGCUCAAAACAUCAAGUAGUGAAAUCAAGAGAACUGAAGGGAUUCCAAAAGAAAUCGUAAUGAAUAACGAAGAAUUUCAAGAAAUAACGGUGUUUACCACCAAGACCAAUGGACCUUUAGAAUUGUUAACAAAAUUCUCAUCCUGGAAGAAGACAAAACGAGUGAUGGCCUAUUGCAAAAGGUUCAUAGACAAUUGCAGAUCCAGGAAUGCGACCGAGUUACCAAAAAAGCGAGCACCCCCAUUCAUCACACCGACCGAACUUCAAUGGGCGAAAACAACACUCAUAAAAUUGGUCCAGAAUGAACAUUUUCAAGAGGAAUUAACCAGAUUAAACAACAAUCUAACUAUCAAAAAGACUGAUCACCUUAAAAACUUGGACCCCUACAUAGACGAAGAGGGAGUGCUUCGUGUUGGAGGUAGAUUACAAAACUCAUCUCUGAGCUUCAACCAAAGACACCCAAUAAUUCUACCAACAAAAUGCCAUCUGACUGACAUAAUUAUCCGAAACGCACACUACGAAACCCUGCAUGGAGGAACACAACUGACAUUAAGUCAAGUUAGACAAGAAUACUGGAUACCACAUGGAAAAAAUAAAAUCAAACACAUAAUAAGGAGUUGUGUUAUAUGCACUCGAUAUCGUUCCACUCCAUGUGUCCAGAAAAUGGGAAAUCUACCGAGAGAAAGAGUCAAUCCCUCCCACCCAUUCACUAAUGUUGGGAUAGACUAUGCCGGCCCGAUACAAAUGAGAUUAUCCAGAGGUAGAGGAUCCAAAUCCUUCAAGGGAUACAUCUCCAUUUUCGUCUGUCUCGCAACAAAGGCAAUACAUCUGGAAGCAGUAAGUGACCUUUCUACAGAAGCAUUCAUGGCUGCAUUCAGAAGAUUCACCUCGCGACGUGGGUUAUGCUCUGCAAUAUUCAGUGACAAUGGAACCAAUUUCAUCGGAGCUAAACGUAUACUUGACAAAGAAUAUCAAGAAGCCAUUAAUGAAAGUUCAAUAGAGAAGGCAUUAGCAGAAAAAUCGAUAAAAUGGCACCGCAUACCACCUGGCAGCCCUCAUUUCGGCGGACUAUGGGAAGCUGGCGUAAAAUCUACGAAGUUUCACCUACGAAGAAUUGUUGGAGAUCACAAACUGACCUUUGAAGAAAUGAGUACACUCCUAUGUCAAAUAGAAGCAUGCCUCAACUCUCGCCCUCUUAUCCCAAUCACCGAAAAUCCACAAGAAUUAGAUGUGCUGACGCCUGGACAUUUCCUCAUAGGAAAAUCACUACAUUCAAUCCCUGAACCAGAGAUCAAUGAAAAGAAUAUCACCCUACAAGAUAGAUGGAGGCUUAUACAAAAAACGAAACAAGACUUCUGGAAGAAAUGGACAUCGGAAUAUCUCUCCAGAUUGCAACAAAGGAGCAAAUGGACGGAUAAAAAAGAAAACAUGAAAAUAGGAGAUAUCGUACUAGUCAAACAGGACAACGUUAAUCCCAACUAUUGGCCCUUGGGAAGAGUGACGCAGUGUCACCCAGGAAACGACGGAUUUGUGAGAGUGGCUACGAUACGAUGCAAAGAUGGGAAAGAGAUCAGAAGACCUAUAACCAAAAUCUGCAUACUCCCGGUCGAGCAAGAAGAAAGAAGAAACGAUAAGACGAACAAAGUCGGACCAACUCCGGACGUCAGCACCCAUUCAUGA